CUCCCCUCUUUCCUCCCUGGUCCUCCGCUCCUCCUCCGGCCUCCACAGGAACUGACGUCUACGGCCGAACAGACGCCGAAAAAUGCCACCGCAGGAAAAAUGGCUCCGGUGUUCCGCGCUCCGCUGAAAGGCACCUGACCUCUUCUCUCUCUGAUGGGCCUCUGGAGCUGACGAUGGCGCAGAUCUCCCAGACUUGUGGCGCCCCCGUGGGGAAAGAGGAGGCGCUGCGCAUGGAGGAAGAGGCUCUGGCCAAACUGCAGCGAGGGAAACGGCAGACUUUCCCUUCAACUGCUUCAAAACCGGCACAAAAACCUGCUCAAAAACCUGCUCAAAAACCCACAAGGGCCAACACUCUUCCACAGACCACACCCCUCGUUGCCCCCGCACGACCUGAAAAGGACCUGAUUGUGUUUCCGGAGGCGAAGAGACAGACGCAGGAGACAUUUAAAGACAUCGAUGUUGACAAACUGACCAAUGAGGAGCUGGAGAAACUCCUGUUGGAUGAGAACUUUGCAGCAAAUCGUCCGACCAAACCAUCUCUCCUAGGGUUCAACCUGAGUGCUUCAUAUCCAGGAGGAGUCCAUAGCAGCGCUAACACCUUCUCAGCAGCCAAUCAGUGGACUCCGGUGCUCCAGACCCCGCCCACCGCCAGCUCCCCGUCCCCCCUCUACCCCACGGCUCCGUUUCCAAAAGCAGGCACGUUUCAAAAUGGAUUCCCUCCGUUCAUAGCGCCCUCUUUCAUCCCGUUCACACCACCCGCGCUUGUGUUCCCACCUCCUGCCCCGCACAAAGUUGAUCCAGAGAUGGUAAAGCUGUUUGAUAAAAUUGCCAGCACAAAGGAGUAUUUAAAGAACGGGCGAUCAGCGAGCAGCGAAGCGGAUCCGGCGAUAGCUCACACCACUUCUCUCGAGCCCAAAGCCGCAAAUGUUAAUCUGGCAGAGUCAACUUCCUCCUUCAACAUGGGGAGAUUUGAUUGGUUGGACCUGGAUCCGCUGACAAAGAGGAAGAGCGAGGCGGAUGAGGCGGGGCUUCAGGGACAGGAAAUGGGAGCGAGCGAAGGCGAUCCAUGGGACGCGGUGCUGAGGACAGAGGGGAAUUCUGGGAGUAAUGAUAAAAAUGGCAGUGGUCCUGAGGGGCGGACCUCUGUGGUGAGGAGGGCAGCGUCCGGAGUGGCGGUCACACGAAGCCACUCACUGAACACACAUGGAACAUCACCACAUAAGAACAGCCAGGAGAAGUCGAAAGGCAGAGCUCUGGUGAAAAACGCUGCUCUGGACGAAACCGAUGCCCAAAACCUUGAACUACUGUGCUUCUGUCACCAAGUCACACAGCUCAGGUCCCGGUUUCUUCACUCAGACUGUGUCUCAAACCCGGGGUUCGUCCUGAGUCCAGUGAUUCCUCAGAAGAACCUCUCGGACUCAGCCUCCGUCAAAGUCUGUAUCGAGAUCUCAGAGAGGAGCCAACCCGUCACCUUCACCUGCGAUGUGUCGUCUCCAGUGGACCUGCUCAUCUCUCAGACCUUGUGCUGGGUUCAUGAUGAUCUGGACCAGGUGGACUUCUCCAAAUACCUGCUCAAAGUCUGUGGACAGGAAGAGGUGCUCCAGAAUAAACACAGCCUGGGGAGUCAUGUUUACAUUCAGAACUGUAGGAAAUGGGAGAGUGACAUCAGUCUGCAGCUGCUGUCGGUGGAGACGGUUAAAAGGGACCUGUCUAGAACUGCUGAAGACGACUCAGCUCCGAUCGACCUCGACAAACACAUGACUCACGUGGAACGCCCUUUUAAAGAGAAUGUAACCAGACAGGGGCUGGCCGAUUACCUGGAGGGUUACCACAACCAGGUCGCUCUCUGUCUACAGGAUGAGAGCUCUCAGUAUAAGACAGUCGGUCGUUUGGUGCAGACGGUGAAAAACCUCCUCUGUGCUCUGGACGAGGUGGAGACGUUGGCUGUGACAGAAGCUGUGAAGAGACUCCAGCACUCAGCCAACCUGCCCAGAACCAGGUCCCCUAAGAUGGGAUCUCCAACACACUCCUCAAAUGGUGACUCCAGUCCGGUGGCAGAGGGCGUGUCUGCUCUCACUCAGGCCGUGUACGAUCUCGUCAAACUUUACCUGCGCUCCUUCUGUAGCCCCUCCCCCUCUUGUGUCUCCUCCCACACCUGCACUUCCUCCUGUACCGCUUCAGAUGACCAGCAGGACGAUGGAGACACAGGGUCCUGCUCCGCUCCUGACCACACGAGGACGCUGUGCUGCUCCUCACCUGACUACACAGGGGUGCCCUCCCGGGAGGCUUCAGGUGUCACAGAUCACCUUCAGUUCAAUCUCUCCACACUGCACGGACUUCCUCAAACCUGGGUCAGCAGUUUUGAGAAGUACUUUGUGAUGUGCGCUUUGACCCACAAUGGGAAAAACCUGUUUAAACCCAUUCAGUCCAAACGAGUAGGAACCUACAAGAGCUUCUUCUACCAUGUCAGAUGGGAUGAACUUAUACUGUUCCCAAUGGCAGUGGCUGUGCUCCCCCUAGAGUCAGUCCUGAGUAUCACACUGUAUGGGGUCCUGACUCAGACUAACUCUGGGUCUCCAGACUCAAACCGGCCCCGGACCCCCCCAGAGCAGCUCGGGAGAGUGAGCCUGCCCCUGUUUGACUUCAGGCGGGUGCUGGUGAGUGGCAGCAGACUCUUGGCUCUCUGGACCUCAGUUCAGGGGCCCGGGUCCAACAAAAGGGUCCCCAACGACAGGAUCAUCCUCCAGCUGGACUUCCCAUGCUCCUCUGCACCUGUGCUCUAUGUCCCUCCAAAGGACUCUCCUCCUCUGGACCUACAGAACCUCAUGGACCUGGACCCAGAUCUGAGAGGAAAACUGGAGAAAAUCUGCAACCGAGCGCCCAACCAUGGGUUUAAGCGGUCUGACCUCCAGCUCCUGUGGGAUCACCGCCUUCACUGCCUGAAGCUCUGCCCCUUGUCCCUGCCCAAAGUGCUGAGCAGCGCCCCUUGUUGGGAUUGGGCCAGUUUGCCCCUGAUCCACAGCAUCCUGAAGAGCUGUGCCCCCCUGCCCCCUGUGGCCGCGCUGGAACUGCUUGACUCGAGGUUUGCAGACUCUGAGGUGAGGAAUGUGGCCGUGUCCUGGAUCGAACAGAGUAGCGACGAUGAGCUCUCAGACUACCUCCCUCAGCUCGUACAGGCUCUGAAGUUUGAGUGUCACCUGAAGAACUCUCUGGUCCUGCUCCUUCUGUCCAGAGCUCUGAGCAACGUCAGCAUCGCUCACUACCUCUACUGGCUGCUGAAGGACGCAGUGCAGGACGCAGUCUGGGGGUGGCGCUACGAGCGAGUCCUGGGUGCUCUGCUGUGUCUGUGUGGGUCCAGACUCAGAGCAGAACUGGACAAACAGAACAGACUGGUCAUUCUGCUGGGAGCUGUGGCUGAGAGAGUGAAGGCUGCUACUGGAUCCAACAGACAGGUGGCACUGCAGGAGGGUCUGGAGAACGUUCAGAACCUGUUUGAGAGGAGCAGCUGCAGACUUCCUCUGAGUCCCAGUCUCGUCGCUAAAGAACUCAACAUCAAGGCGUGUUCUUUCUUUAACUCAAAUGCGGUCCCUCUGAAGUUAGCUCUGGUGAACGCUGAUCCUCUGGGACAAGAGAUCAACGUUAUGUUCAAGGUGGGGGAGGACUUGAGGCAGGAUAUGUUGGCUCUGCAGAUGAUUCGGAUCAUGGACAGAAUCUGGCUUCAGGAGGGUCUGGACCUGAGGAUCGUUCACUUCAAGUGCAUCUCCACUGGGAAGGACAAAGGAAUGGUGGAGCUGGUGCCGAGCUCUGACACUCUGAGGAAGAUCCAGGUGGAAUACGGUGUCACAGGGUCAUUUAAAGACAAGCCUCUAGCCGAAUGGUUACGGAAGUACAACCCAGCGGAGGACGAGUACGACAAGGCCUCAGAGAACUUUAUCUACUCAUGCGCUGGUUGCUGCGUGGCGACAUACGUUCUGGGCAUCUGUGAUCGUCAUAAUGACAACAUCAUGCUGCGCUCCACGGGUCACAUGUUUCACAUCGACUUCGGAAAAUUCCUCGGACAUGCCCAAAUGUUUGGCAGCUUCAAGAGAGACCGUGCCCCAUUCGUGCUGACCUCAGACAUGGCGUAUGUGAUAAAUGGAGGAGAGAGGCCCACGAGCCGCUUCCAGCUGUUUGUGGAUCUGUGCUGUCAGGCCUACAACCUUCUGAGGAAGAACUCAGGGCUGUUCCUCAACCUGCUGUCUCUGAUGACCUGUUCUGGACUCCCAGAGCUGACCGGAGCUCAGGACCUGAAGUACGUCUGUGACGCUCUGCAGCCGAACAACAGCGACGCAGAGGCCACCAUCUUCUUCACCAGGCUCAUCGAGUCUAGUCUGGGGAGUGUUGCCACCAAGUUUAACUUCUUCAUCCAUAACUUGGCCCAGCUCCGGUUUUCUGGUCUUCCCGCAAACGACGAGCCGAUCCUGUCCUUCUCGCCAAAGACCUACAGCCUCAAGCAGGACGGAAGGAUCCAGCAUGCCGCCAUCUUCUCCUUUCAAAAGAGAUACAGUCCAGAUAAGCACUAUACUUAUGCUGUGAGGAUUCUCAGAGAGGGUCAGUCGGAGCCUCAGUUCAUUUUCAGGACGUUUGACGAGUUUCAGGAGCUGCACACAAAGCUGUCGGUUCUAUUCCCCCUCUGGAAACUGCCCAGUUUUCCAAAUAAAUUAGUUCUGGGUCGGACUCAUGUUAAAGACGUCGCAGCAAAACGAAAACUGGAGCUCAACAACUAUGUCCACAACCUGCUGAGGAGCUCCACAGAGGUCACACAGUGUGACCUGGUCUACACCUUCUUCCACCCCAUGGCCCGAGACGACAAGACCGAGGGAGAGUCUGCGCUCAAGAUGACAGAGCCUCCUCCCAGCCCUGUGUCCGGUCGAGUUGAGGGAGAAGUGAAGUUGUCCAUCUCCUACAGAAACAGCACCCUCUUCAUCAUGAUCAUGCACAUCAGAGACCUGGUCUCUGAGGAGGGCUCUGACCCAAACCCCUACGUGAAAACCUACCUCCUCCCAGAUCCAUCCAAAAGCAGCAAACGCAAGACCAAGAUCUGCAGGAAGACCAGGAACCCCACCUUUAAUGAGAUGCUGGUGUACCGUGGACACAGUAAGGAGAGCCUGGGUCUGAGGGAGCUCCAACUGAGCGUGCUCAGUGCAGAGUCUCUAAGGGAGAACUACUUCCUGGGUGGAGUCACGCUGCGACUCAAAGACUUCGAUUUGAGCAAAGAGACGGUCAAGUGGUACAAGCUAACGGAUGUACCGCUGUUCUGAUGCUAACCACACAAGUACCAUUACAACAAAAGUGUACCAGGAACUAUAGCAGCAAACGAGAAGAGAGAGCGCGUCAAGUGGUACAAGCUAACAGAUGUACCACUGUUAUACCAACUGUACCAGCUAAAACAGGAACCACCAGAAACAGAGAGGAGAGCGAGGAGGAGAAGAGCGAGGGAAAGGGAGAGAGCAGGGAUGAUGUGGUCAUGAGGUACAAACUGACCGCUGCUCUGCUGUUUUAAUCAGAAGUUUAAACAGGAGAUACACAGAUUUAUCCAGGAACGACUGAGACAAGAUCCUGGUGUAGAAAACGGACUGUGACCCAAGGAAAUAAAUACAAAAAAGAGGGAGAUCUGAGAAGAAGAGGAGCAGAACUGUAAACUCAGAGACAACAAACUGGGACAAAAAAAAAUUCAAAACUCAAGAUUCGACUAAAGAGAAUAAUAAAACAAAAAUCCAAACAGAAUCAGCGGAAACGUGUUUGGAAAAUCACAUUUUAAAUAGCAAUAAAGGAACGAAAGGACAAAGGAACAAAAGGACGAGAGGAACAAAAAAACGAAAGGAAAAAGAGGGAACACAACAACAAUCCAAACUCUGGAGCAAUAAUAAUCCAACAACAAAUGAACCAAAACUAAAGGAACUAAAAUUCUGGUGUGAUAUUAGAAGACUAAUAUCACACCAGAAUCUGCAGGACGGAACCAGGACGGAACCAGGACGGAACCAGGACGGAACCAGGACCGAACCAGGACCGAACCAGGACCGAACCAGGACCGAACCAGGACCGAACCAGGACCGAACCAGGACCGAACCAAUCCCGAACCAAUCCCAAUUUAGGUCUGGUUUAGUCCUGAACCAGGAUUAAACCGGGACUGAAACAGGACUAAACCAGGACUAAACCAGGACUUUUUUGGUUUUUCAGCAGUAAAUCUGGUGUGGUUUUAUCUUGUUUUUGACACAUUCUGUUUUUUUUUCACCUCAUUUUUAUUUUUAAUUUAAAAUUUGUAAAAAUCACUGGUUUAAUUUUUUUUCUUCAUAAUGAAAAGUUGUAUAAUGUUUUCCCAGAUGUUUGGUUUUGGUUUCUGUUUGAUGAUUGGCGGCUCACUCUGGGAUCUGAUUGUUGGACAGGGAGCAGGAGGCGGGAGGUCUGUCUGCAGGUGCCUUAAACGCUUAAAGGGCUUUAGAAUGUAGAUCUCCUCGUCACAAACAGACCUGGAGUUGUGUUUUGUUUCAUUCACAUAUGUUUAACACAAACCCUGCAUAUUUAGGCUGAGAAAACACUCAGUUCCACCUUGUGAUGUCAUGUGGUAAUACAAGAAGUGCUCCACUGAGUUUUUAAACUCCACACACCUUCACUAGAAUCAUUUGGAUUAGUUUAGCCCUGGAAUUACCAAUCUCUUCUGAACUAAAGGUAAAAGGAGCUGUUAACUUGAAAACUACUGCUUCCUGACAUCAAGAGGUGGAACAGAGCAUUUUGAGCUUUGGAGAUGUGACAGACUGAUAAAGUGUUACUCAAACAUGUGUGAAUGAAACAAAACACAACUCCAGUAUGAUUUUGAGCAGCACAUUAUAACAUAGAACUAGCAGGAGUCAGUUUUGUGUGAUACUCUAACUUUUCUGGUGGAGAAACUGUCAGCUGCUUGUUUCCAUGGAGAUGUCAUCACGUUGCUUCCACAGUACGGCAUUAAACUUAUCUCCAUGGUGACGAGCAUGUGAUGUUUUUCGAGGGAAUUUUGAGCAAAAAAUAAUAAAAAAUACAAAAGAUGCACAUUUAAUGCCGUACUUGGGAUCAUUUUAGACAUAUCUCCAUGGAGAUGAGCAGAAACAGUGACACCUUUAAAUUUGCCUCAAAACAUCUGGUGUCUUUGUAAAUAUUAAACACUCUGAACCACACUGCCUCCUCCUUCUUCAUCUCCUCCUUUGUCGUCUCCUCCUUCCUCGUCUCCUCCCUCCUCGCCUCGCCUACUCUUGCCUCGUUUUCUCUCUCCUCCAUCUUGGUCUCCUCUGUCCCUGUCUCCUUCGUCUUCUUGUCUCCUCCCUCCUUGCCCCUUCUCUCGGCAUCUCAUCUCCUCUCCUCAUCUGUCUUCUUUUCUUGUUUCACUCCAAAUGUUUGUUUUUUUUAAUUAGUUGUGAAUAUUGAGAAUCAGAACCACACAUUUCUUGCUUCACGUUUGCGUUUGUAAAACUGUAAAACUGUUCUGGACCAAAUGUUUUUAGAGAAAGUAUUUUAAAUAUUAAUAUUAAUAAUAAAAGUGAGUGUGAGCUGUGCAGAUGCAGCGUUUCCUCCUCAGUUUAACAAUAAAACCACUUUAAAAAGAC